AUGGCUGCGCAUCAUCGAAGAACGUCAUCGAGCUGCAAUUCUAGUUCCAGAUCGACGCUACCUACUAUCAACGCAAUAUCUCGAUCACCUGCAGGUGAGAAACAAAAGCGUGCAGCAAAAUCAUCUCUAUUAGGUGACAUUCUCGAGUUACAACGACAUGCAAACACUUUGAAAAAAGAUGUACAGGACGAAACCCAUAAAGAAAAGUUAUUACUUACUAUUCACCAAUGGAAAAAACAUUCUAAAGCGCAGAUUAAAUCCAAGGCGAAAGCAGUCAAAGCUCAAAUAGAACAACGGAUAACAGCUACACAGAAAGCCGUCGAUCAAUCUAUCGACGAUUUAACUAAGGAGGUUCAUACUAAAUUAAAGAGUAAGACUUAUACACAGAACGAUUUAGUUAGAUGGAGAAGUUCAAUAGAUAAAAAUGAAAAAGAACUCAAACAAGUAUCUGAUAUCGAAAUCAAAUUCGUAGAUUUGUCAUCAAUUCAACUUGUAAUUGAUCCGAUACAAAAGCAUCAAGAAAUUCGUUCCGAUGUGCAUGAGCAGAUACCACCCAUCAAACGAAACGAAAUUGAAUUACUCAAUAAAUAUCAGUAUCCAAGCAAUGUUUUCUGUGACGAUGUGCGCGCACUUUCCAAAAUGGAAGGGCUAUUCGAAGAACUCAGAAAGUUACGCCCAAUGGAUAAAAAUGGGCCGAUGAGCGGCAACUGUAAUCACGAAACCACCCAGAUGGAAUCGUUCCUAGCUCAAACAUUUCAGUUUAGAAAUAUUCCUGAUGAAUAUAUUGUUCAAGGUGUCAAAUCAUUCCAUAUAAAAAGUCGUCCGGAAGAGAUGAAUCCCGACUCAACGAUUUAUUUUCCAACGAAAACAAAAGAUUCAUUUGCGAUGAAAGUGCAAGAGAUUUUGACCUGGCAACGAUCCUACCGAGUCUAUGCUGACGAAGAUGCUCGCUGCAUAAACAAAAUCUUCAUCCGUAGAGCACUUCAAGGCUUGACUAAAUCGGGAGAAGAAGCAUUUGCUAUGAAGUUCGUUGUUCGUAUUUCACAGUGUCCCAUUCUCAUGGAAUUCGAUGCUCGCAUCAUUCAACGUGAACUCCAGCACGAUUGGCCUCAACGCAUCAAACUUGUCUCGGUCACUGGCAUCGACUUUGCUGGCCGAGUUCAUGAUCUCAAUGACAUCACUACCUAUGUCACCAACUGGCCAGAUAUCUAUGAGAUCGAUCCUAAAACGAGCCUACCCUUUGUCUACAAUGGCAGAGACUUUCGUGUCAAAGCAAGAGCACCUCGAGCACAACUACACGAACGGCAACUGCUCGCCGAUCUCAUGCGAAUGGCCAGACUUCGACUGUAUGCAUGUGACAAGGAACAAGUUCAGGUGGUGGUCGAAACCGGCAUCGGACUUGGCGUGUUCGCUGGCAAACACAUUGGCAUCGAUGGCAAGGUGCGAGCACUAUCUGCCCGAGCUAUCCGACAAGUUCUCGAAGAAGAUGGACCUGUCUUUCAGCACAUCUGUGCUGUCGUGUUUGCACUACCGAUCUUCGAAAGUGAUGUGAGAAACGGUCGACGAGAUGAUGUCUAUCAAGCAUUUGCUGAUGAGUUCAAUACAAGUCAAUACAAAGGACGCAUUCCAGUGCUAGUCGCCGAUCAAGACAUGCAUCGUUUGACAGUGAGGAUCGCGAUGUCUGGAUAUCAAGUGAGUGAGCUGAAUCCAGCUGACUCACAUGGUGUGUUCGGUGAAUAUUGGCAGAAUCGUGGUCCAGCAGUGGAAGAGAAACUUGCAUUGACCACCGUUGGUCUGUUAGUUCAACAUCAUCUAAUCAAUCCACAUGUUCUCGAUAUGGAUCAUUACCAUCUUGUUUCAUUCACGGAUCAGUCCUGCGUGUGA